AGGAAAAGAUAACUACCGGCAUCAGAGUUCGCUCGAUCGACAGAUACGCGUAUUGAUGAAAAGUCGAUCGAACUUUGAUGCCAGUGCGGACGCGGCGAACGAUCGAGGUCAAAAACGCAACACCACAACGCAAGAACCCGCCGAGAGUGGAGUUGGAAGCAUUGGAAGCUUCUAUGCGACGACGACCAUCGACCAUCUCUCCAACGGCAAAUGCCAUCACCACGUACACCGGCCCGCGAGCAUUACCACCACGUUAAGCGCGGCGAAUACCAAGAGAUAGCAGAUUACGAGUGCGCGUAUAUACGUUCGCUUAUUCGAAAGUCAAAAGCGAAACGCAGUCGUGGACAAGAAGUAGUACGAGCCGAGUCGUUUUGCUUCGCGCGCGCACACGGGAUAAUUAGAAAUUCUUCCGAGCGCGUUCUGAAUGUGAAUUUCGGAUUGAAAAUGUUGUUGUCGGCCGUGCCACUAAUAGACAUUAAUCAACUUUGAGAAACAUGUAGUUCCUGCAUGCGAAAUAAUUGACUGUCAAUCAAUUCUAGUGCGCGUGAAAUUAUUUACAAAAAUUUGUUGGUGAAUUUAUGCAGUGUUUUUCGUCUCCGGCAAUUUUAAUUGUGUGCUAGAUCGGAUGCCUAAUUGUUAUAAAAGAAAGUUUGAAUAUUAAGAGGAAAUAUUACAAUUACAUACUCUGAAUCCAUGGUGAUGACUGAAUACGAACGAAUACGCCGGGCGUGCUUAAAACGCGGUGAACUUUGGGAGGAUCCUGAUUUUCCUGCUGCGCAAACCUCCGUGUUCUAUCAUCAAACACCACCGUUCCAGUUCCAGUGGAAGCGACCAAAGGAUCUUUGUAAUCGACCUGGCUUUGUUCAAGAUGGACCCGCGCAGUUUGACAUCGUGUCGGGAAAAAUGGGUGACCGAUGGUUGGUGUCUUGUUUAGGUAUACUAUACCUAAACAAGGGAUUAUUCUAUCGGGUCGUGCCGGCAGACCAGUCUUUCAACAACGACCAAUAUGCGGGGGUGUUCAGGUUUCGAUUGUGGUGGUGCGGUGAAUGGACCGAAGUGCUGGUGGACGAUCGUCUGCCCACGGUACACGGACGACUUGCCUUUUUGCAAUCAGCACAUUCUGACAACUAUUGGCCUGGGUUAUUGGAAAAAGCGUAUGCGAAACUUCACGGAUCAUACGAAGCUUUAAAAUAUGGUAGUCUCUUGGAUGGUUUGGCUGAUCUCACAGGAGGUAUCACAGAAAAUAUUCCACUUCGACAGGAUCCAGCAGCGUGUGCUCGAUUGUUACAUAAAUUAUUGGAUAUGACAUCUAUUAUCACUGCUACUAUUCAACCGCCAAAUCAACAGAACAAAUCAAGUCCGACUGAAAAACUCACAAGUGGUAUACAACUAGGUACCAAUUACAGAAUAUAUUCUGUAGAACGAGUGGAGAAAUUUAGUGGUGAAGCCAUUCAACUAAUCAAAGUCAGAAACCCUCUUGGUACCUCUACAGAAUAUAUUGGAAGUUGGUGCUUUGACUCUCCGGAAUGGUCAGAGGUAACUCCCCAGGAGUUAGAACGGAUUAAACUUAAAACAAACGAAGGAGAAUUCUGGAUUUCCUACAAUGACUUUAUUAAAACCUUUUCUCACCUGGAAAUUGUUCAUCUGGAUAGUGAUACAAGUCGAGAUGAACCUUCCUUACACAAUAAAAACACUUGGCAGAUGAGGAUCUAUCAAGGAAUGUGGCAGAAAGGUGUUUCUGCAGGUGGUUGUCGAAAUAAUCCGGAAACUUUUCAUAUAAACCCUCAACUACACUUAUUACUCAGUGAACUAGAAGAAGUAGUUGUAUCGCUGAAUCAACACAGUAUAAUGGAACCCAAGGUAGUGGGAUUCACAGCGUACUCAUUGCCGAAAAGCGCUACUGAAACAAUCGGCAAAGCUUUCUUUAAGAAAAACAAAUCCUUAGUCAAUUCUCAGUAUACGAACAGUCGACAAGUUAGUCAUCGGUGUCAAUUAGAACAGGGAGGUUAUUUAAUCCUGCCUACAACAUUUGAACCAGGUCAGGAAUGUGGAUUUACAUUGAGGGUGUACUCAAGUAAACCUCUGAAGCUGAAACUAUUAGACACGGUGCCGUAUUUAUUCAAGUCAGCCAUAGUCAAGGCGCCGCCAUUAUUGGACGGAAAGAGUUUCAGUCAGUAUGAGUCAGUGUUUCUGCAACUGGCGGAUGAACAUCGGACUGUGAAUUCAUUUGAACUUCAGGAAUUGCUUGAUGCUUGCUUACCGAAUGAUUAUAUUAAAAGUUGUGCGUCAAUUGAAGUGUGUCGACAGGUCGUGUUAACUUUAGAUAAUUCUGGAGUUGGUCGACUUAAAUUCUCCGAUUUUAAGGACUUGAUGUGUUCCUUAAAGUAUUGGCAAACAGCGUUUAAAAAUCACACUAAAGAGAAAACCGGAAUUCUGAAAGCGGAAAGAUUACGCGACGCUUUAAUGGAGGUUGGGUUUCAAUUGAGCAGCGAGGUUUUGACUAUAUUAAUUUUGAGAUAUAUGAGGAAAGAUGGUACUCUGCGUUUUGGUGAUUUUGUUUCAGCCAUAUUACACUUAACCGUAGCAUUUAAUAUAUUUGAAAAUAAGGAUCCUCUGCAAAAUGGCAAUGUAAAACUAAAUCUAAGUGAGUGGUUAAAGUCAUCGUUAACAUGCUGAUAAGCCGCAACAAUAAAAGUUUAUAAAUAAAACGUAAUAUUAUGAAGAAGCUAAUGUGAAAUGUAAUAUAUAAAUGUUAAUUUUAAGAAAUUUUUCUUGUUUGUUGUAAUUUUGUAAAUAAUCUGCUGUAAUCUA